CUUGUCUUUGCAACAAGAGUGUUGCCGCCAUGCGUGCCUGCCAUGGCUUUUGUGUGUUAGCAGCGCUUCUGGCGGUUGAUUUGGGUUUUGUUGAAUGGCAGGUGAAAACGCAGAUUGUGCGGCAGAGGUGGAGGCCCCGACAUCGCCGUGGUGUGCUGCGAAAAGCGGCGCAGGGCAACGAGCCCUUCCCGGUGGACUUCCUGGACGAGCUCGAGAUCGACGCCGAGGACGAAGGCGUCGGCGCCAUCGAGGGCGAUGACCCCUUCCCCACGGACUUCCUUGAUGAUUUGGGGCCGGAGGAGGUGGCCGAAAGCUCUUCAGAGGAUGCUUUGUUCCCUCAGAGCCUCUUGGAGCUGCCCCCGCAACCUUUGAGCUCCUUCCAAGUGGGUCAAAUCGUGCACGGGCGCGUGAAAAGGAUGAUAGUAGGUGCUGCUUCCUUGGCCUACGUGGACAUCGGCGCGGCAAAGGAUGCGGUUUUGGAGUUUGGUGAAAUGACGGAUGGAUUCCCCAGAAAGGUGCCAGUGCAUACGGGCAAGAAGGUAGAAGCCCGAGUUCUGGAGUAUAGCGCGGAGAUCGAUAGGCUCUACUUGACCAGGAGGACUGGCGACUUGAAGCGUCCUCCACGGAUCUGGAAGGAAGACCAAAGCCGCAAUCCUGAGCCACUGCGAAGGGUGGCCCAGCAAGAAUUCCUAGAUGCCGAGGUGAUCAACCUUAUCACCUUCGGAGCCUUCGUCAACGUCUAUCCCUCCUGGGGCGACAAGACGCCUGUCUUUGCCUUGCUUCACAAGACGCAGUUUGCCCCUGGCUUUGCGGAGAACCCGGAGCAGGCCAUCCGUGGUGGCCGCAUCAAGGUGAGAAAGCUGGCGAUCAACGCCAAUGGAGAGUUGCAGGUCACUAUGAAGCAAUGACCUUGUGGAAAAAA